GAUAAUUCGAUCAGCGGCGGAAAGUUUGCGUGCUAAUUUAUGUAUUGCAUUUAACAAUUUAAUUGAAGAUCGUCACUUAAAGCUGAAGUUGAAACCGCUGCAGAUGACGUAAUGGAGUCGAUUACCUUUGGAGUUCUGACCAUUAGUGACACCUGUUCCAAGGACAAGGCGCAGGACAAAAGUGGUCCCAAACUGAGAGACCUUGUCCACGAAUCCUUUGCCAAUGCCCGGGUGAAAGAGAACAUUGUUCCGGACGACAAGGACCUGAUCCAGGGGCAGCUGCGCAGGUGGAUCGACGAUGAGGAUCUGCGAGUGAUCCUGACCACCGGCGGCACAGGCUUUGCGCCACGGGAUGUGACACCUGAGGCCACGAAACCGCUGCUGGACAAGGAGUGUCCGCAGCUGUCGCUGGUCAUUACCCUGGAAUCGCUGAAGAAGACCCGAUUUGCCGCGCUUUCCCGCGGAUUCUGCGGCAUUGCGGGGAACACACUGAUCCUCAACUUUCCGGGCAGCGUAAAGGCCGUAACCGAGUGUUUUGAGACCGUCAGAGAUCUCCUGCCCCAUGCCCUUCAUCUCAUCGGGGACGAGGUGUCCCUGGUGCGGAAAACCCAUGCGGAGGUCCAAGAAUCCGCCCCCAAUCGCCACAUAUGCCCCCACAAAACGGGCGCCGGCACCGAUUCCGAUCGCAAUUCACCAUUUCCCAUGCUGCCCGUGCAGGAGGUGCUCUCCCUGAUCUUCGACACGGUCAGAAGGACCAAUCUGGACCUCUUGUGGGAGCUUAACUCGCCGGUGAACAUUCCUCCCUUUAGGGCUUCCAUCAAGGACGGAUACGCCAUGAAGUCCACCGGAUUCUCGGGUAGCAAGCGUGUUUUGGGCUGCAUAGCCGCCGGAGAUGCACCCAAUUCCUCGCCCCUGGCGGAGGAUGAGUGCUUUAAAAUAAACACAGGAGCACCGCUACCGCUGGAAGCGGAUUGUGUAGUGCAGGUGGAGGACACGAAGCUGCUGCAGCGCGACAAGCACGGCAAGGAGAGCCUGGUGGACAUAAUGGUGGAGCCACAAGCUGGUCUAGAUGUGCGGCCUGUGGGUCACGAUCUGAGCAUCAAGGAUCGCAUAUUUCCCGGCCCAGAUCCCUCGCCUGUGGUGGUCAAAUCCCUGCUGGCCUCCGUGGGCAGCAGGAUGACCGUACCCAAGCCCAGGGUGGCCAUAGUGUCCACCGGCAGUGAGCUGCUCUCCCCGCGGGAUCAGCCUGUGCUGGGCAAGAUCUACGACUCGAAUACGACCAUGUUGGUGGAACUGCUGCUCUACUUUGGAUUCGACUGCAUGCACACGAGUGUGCUAAGCGAUAGCUUUGAGCAGACCAAGGAAUCGCUGUCCGAUCUUUUCGAGGUGGUGGACUUUGUCAUUUGCAGCGGUGGCGUCUCGAUGGGCGACAAGGAUUUCGUGAAGCCCGUGCUGGAGGAGCUUCAGUUCGAGCUCCACUGCGGCAGGGUGAACAUGAAGCCAGGCAAACCCCUGACCUUUGCCAGCCGCCAUAAUAAGUACUUCUUCGGCCUGCCCGGGAAUCCCGUGUCCGCCUUCGUCACCUUCCACCUGUUCGCCCUACCCGCCAUCCGCUGGGCAGCUGGCUGGGAUCGCCCCCAGUGCACCCUGGCCGUGGUCAAUGUGAAGUUGCUCAACGACAUUAGUUUAGAUGGCCGUCCGGAGUUUGUUCGCGCUUCAGUGAUUUCGAAAUCAGGAGAGCUGUACGCCAGUGUCAAUGGAGAUCAGAUCAGCAGUCGUUUGCAGAGCAUUGUGGGUGCGGAUGUGCUGGUCCACCUGCCAGCACGCACCUCUGAUCGCCAUUUGGCCAAAGCUGGCGAAGUUUUCCCGGCCUCCGUGCUGCGCUACGACUUCAUAUCCAAGUACGAAUAG